GCUAGGGUUCCUCCCCGGGCAGGGUUUCGCGACCGCGCGCGCGAUUCAUGUAAGAUUUCGCGGUUCCUAGAUCUCAGAUGGGCGUUCUCAAGGAUCUACUGGCGUCGGGAGCUCUGGAGAGCAAGGCCAAUGCGCCGGCAAGGGCGCCGCUCAAGGUUCUGAAUGGACCCGGCGUCGUUGACAUCAAGCCCAGGUUCGUCCACAAUCUCUCGGCCUGCCAGGGCUGGGGCGCCGAUUCUGAUGCCAAGCUGGGAACUUUCCCUACAAAAAUCGAGAUCGGCACAGUUGGUUCGUGCCUAGAUGCGCAAUCGCAGUGGCAGAGGAGGACGAGGAGGCCCAAGCAGCCGACCGUUAUCGUCAGGCCCAGUGUUCUUCCGGAGGAUGAGAAGCCGCAGGAGCCCGUUCCCCCGUCUGGAGUCUUGGGCGAGCUCAAACCGGGGAUAAUUGGCCGUGUUCACGAUAGCAAGUACGUCCAUUCGGCGAUUGGAGCUGUUCUAAAGUCCGGGACUUUGGUCCGCAAGCGAUGCCGGGAGUUUGCUGAUGAAAAUCGUGGAGUUGCGAAGCCGGCGGUUGUGGCUUGCAAGCAAGUGAAGCGCGAGCGUCCAGAAGCCAACUUAGAGGAGAUGCUUACAUUCACGGAGGCGCUGGAAAGCUUGGAAAACAGGGCUACAAACGAUUCGGAGGUGGCCACCAGUGUGGAAGAUUUUAGCUGUGGGACUUUGGAAGGUUCCCGCUCUAAAACCGAGAGCUGGGACGUUACGAUUGACAAGCUGGUGGAUGACGAGCAAGACGAUGAUCAUCACUUGAUGACUCAGAGCGACGCAAUGAUCCAGAAGCAAAGUGGUCCUGCCGCGAUCUGGCUUAAGCUUGUCAACCAGGAUAUCAAAGGAAGGAUCUCAGCCUUGAAGCGGAGCCGGAGACGAGUUAGAACAGCCAUCGUUGCCAAGGACGAUAUAUUUAUGCCGGCUGAUAAAUCCAGCUUCCUCGACCUCAGCCGGCACGAAGAUCCGGCAAAGGCCAAGCGACAGUACGAGCUUCAAAUGGACAAAUGGAAGGCCUUGUUCCUCACCAUGGACCACGCCCUUGGCGCGGAGGCCGCUCAGCUGGAUAGUCAGUGGAAAUCGCUCCAAGAGCUGCGAUGCUCAUGUAAUACCCAACAACAUGGAUAGAAACCACCUCAAGAAGAUAAGACACCCGAAUAUUCUCUAGGGUUUAUUUGAAUGCGCGAAUAUUCUAAUCUAACCCUCUGGUAGGGCUUGGUUUCGAUUCGUACCAA